AUGGCCGACCUCUCGCUCGGCCCGCUGAGGAUUGCAAAUCCUGAUGAUGCCUCUCCUGAUACUCCGUUGCAGCCUCAGCCUGCGGUCUCGCCCUUCCUACGGAUUUCACCUUUAGUCGACGCCAAUGGAAGGACAGAUUACCUCUCCGCCGCACCUGAACGAUCCGACAGCCCUGUGUCGCCCCUCUCAACUUCUCCUGCAGAAGUAGUUCCUCCUCAGGCGGGGGCAUUGUCGGCGAGCCCUUCCAGUGCUACACCUUUCACGACGUCAAAUCAAACUCAGCGUGGAUCAGAGCGGCCGUCACAACGGACAAAUCUCCCUUACUCUUAUCAAGAUCAGCAACAAGCGCAAUUCCCUCAAUAUCCGACGAUGAUGCCUCAGAACCUGCACGAUCCCCGAUCUAACGCUGGCCGACCCGGUUCCACCUAUUAUUCCCAGGUACCUGUCAAUGGAACGGCCGGUAAUGGUGUGUCUCGACAAGGUUCAUAUCGAAUUCGCGGUGACGGUACGGCUUCGACUGGCUUCCCACAACGAACAUCAUCCAAGCGCUCAGGAAUAGGAGAUGUGGCUGGUGUCCCUUCAAGAGACGACAGUCACACUGAAAGAGCAUACGGGCAAGGGCAGUAUACUUCCGGCAAUGCUCCUUUGCCACCCCGGAAGACAUCCAGAAGCGUUCCAGGUUCCCGAAUUGGUGGUACAACUACUGGGAAUACGCCCCCCUCCAGUAUCCCUAAAUCAACACAGACACCCUUGUCAACGUCGCCUUACAACAUAGAGGACCGUCCUCUGGCCAGUUCGGACGAGUGGCAGGAACGCGGUGCCGCAGUUGGAGUCAAGCGAGAGUAUGAUGUAGAGGGCCGGCCGGUUCUCAAAGCUGUCAAGAAGGGAGUGAAGGACUUCAAUUUCGGCCAAACCCUGGGGGAGGGUUCCUAUAGUACCGUUCUCGCAGCCACGGAUCGACAGAGUGGAAAAGAGUAUGCCAUCAAGGUGCUCGACAAGAGACAUAUCAUCAAGGAGAAGAAAGUCAAAUACGUCAACAUUGAGAAAGACACGCUAAACCGACUGACGGAUCACCCUGGUGUGGUCAGACUCUAUUACACCUUUCAAGAUGAGAGGUCAUUAUACUUUGUCCUGGAUCUGUGCCCGGGUGGUGAGUUACUCGGUGUUCUCAAGCGCAUGUCAACGUUCGAUGAAGAAUGUUCUCGAUUCUAUGGCGCACAAAUACUGGAUACAAUCGAUUACAUGCACAGUCGCGGGGUCAUACAUCGAGAUCUAAAGCCGGAGAACCUACUACUCGACGAGAACAUGCAUAUCAAAGUGACCGAUUUUGGAACGGCGAAACUGCUACCUGAAAAGAAGACCAGCGAUGGCAGAGUCGAAUUUGAGCCAGAUUCGAAUUCCGAAGAGACCAGAGCCAACUCGUUCGUCGGUACCGCGGAAUACGUGAGUCCAGAAUUACUGAUGGACAAGAAUGCUUGCAAGGCCAGUGACUUGUGGGCAUUUGGAUGCAUCAUCUACCAACUACUAGCAGGACGCCCACCGUUCAAGGCUGUCAACGACUAUCAGACCUUCCAGAAAAUCAUCAAUCUUGAUUACGAAUUUCCUCGGGGAUUUCCUGAGGUUGCACGCGACCUCGUAGAGCGUCUACUUGUCCAGGACCCUCAACGGCGGUUAUCACUCGAACAUGCAAAAAAUCAUGCGUUCUUUGCGGGCAUGCAGUGGGGUCGAGGCUUGUGGCAACAGAAGGCACCACGAUUAAAGCCGUACGUCCCUCCACCGAUGCCACCAAUCAAGUUGAAUGGAAAUGGUUCUCAGGACACCUACCCUCCAGACAUUGCGUCUCACAGUACACACGCGACCAUGCUCCCACCGAACAACCAAAAGCCGCAUCCGAGAGUGAUCACUGAGCUCCCCCCACCCAGCCAGCUUGAUAUCGAAUGGUCUCCAGUCCUCACACGGAACAAUGAAAGGAUUCUAAAACUAGGGAACUUGUCUGUCGUCGCAUCGCCGAGCCCCCACAGCCCGCACGGAAACGAAGGAGGAGGCAAGUUAGCAAGACUUUUCGGAGGGAGUACUACCAAAAAGCGGCAGCGUCUCGUCAUGGUCACCUCGAGCGCACGCAUCAUCAUCGCAGCUGCUGGUGGUGAGGAGAAAAAGUCAAAGUCCGAGAUCGCACUCCUGUCACCGGGAGUCGAGUUUUCCAGCGCAACCGACUCCAAAGGAGUGACUCAGUGGAUUGUGAACACGCGGGAUAAACAUUACGUCUUCGAAGAUCCGAAGCCAGCUUCCAAUGACCCCAUGGCAAGUGCUGUGUCGGCUCAAGAAUGGCUUGACGCAUUAGUCCGCGCCCGAGAGCUUGCGGCAUUUGUGCAAAACUCCAGUAGCAAUUAUUCAACGGAUGACACUCUCACCUUGUCGUCUUCUGCGUUAUCCAGUCAGGCGAAUAUCAUCGAUCAGACCACCGAUCUCAGUCCUCAAUCGGCCAGCCAUGGACAUACAGGGCGAGCUAUACUACACAAGCAACAUUCCGGCGGUGAUGCCGAGUCGCUGAAAGGGCGAAAGCGAUUCAGCAAGCGACAGUCCAAGAGCGGAUUGACUGCAGUGUUUUGA